UCUCUCUCCUAGAAGCCGAGUUAUUUCUCUCUUCCCCUUUCAGUCUCCUUCAUUCUCUCGAAACCCUAAAAACCAUAGCGCUCCUUCUCUCUCCUUCAUUCUUUCACUAUUCUUUCAUCUUCAUAAUCUCCCACAUCUCACAGAUCUCACAAAACUUCAUCAUCAAGAAUAUCAUUCAAGAUUCUCUCACCAGAUGCCGUUUCAUGACCAGAUCUGUGAGGAUUUCACCAGAUCGAUGAAGGUCUGCAACCCUUGAGGGACGGGAGAGAGUGAUGGUGGUGAUGAUCCGGUUACAGGCUUCUAUACGGUGUGACAGUGGUGGUCCUUAACAGCCACCAUACAUUGUUGACGGUUCCAUGGUUAAAAUGAGGAGAAAGACAAUGCCAGAAAACCCUAGCCGCCGCUUCCCGCGAUGGUAGCUAGGGUUCCGGCGAAGUCACCAACGAAGCUCCGGUUCACGGUAUACUUAAGGAUUUGGUCCGAAGUGAGUCUUAAGGCCCUUAAUAUGGUUGGGAUCCGAAACCGAAGGCUCUCAAUAUGGUUUGGAUCCGAAACCGAAUUUCAUCAUUUGUUUUUGAUUAAGGGUGAUUCACCUGAACUGGUGGAAUAUAUCGGAAAGCAAAAUCUGAUUAAAGCCUUAAAGGAAAAUUUUGGAUUAAAAGCUGGAAAAUUAGUCUUUGGAUUUGAAGAAAGUACAUCCCGAGACCUGCCAUGGGGCGCGUUAGAUGACGUUGUGAUGGGCGGAGUUAGUGAAAGUCAAUUCCGGAUAGUCCCCAAUGGUGGUGAAACCGAUGGACCGACAGGUCUUUUUACAGCAUUUUCUUGGGACGGUGGGUGCAUUCCGCGUGAAAGCAGACGUCAAACGGUAAAUUGUGACCGGUGAAUGCAUGAUUGCCGAUGCAGUGCAAUCUGAAAUUGUGACCGUUGUAAGCCUGAGCUUCCCAGUCCGAGCAUAAAUAUAAAAAGAUAUAUAUGUAUAAUUCUAAUUCGACUCAAAUCGAAUUGAAAAUCAUGAAUUCGUAUUUGAUUACUUGACUCGAAUUCGAAUAUUUUAAAAUCGAAUUAGAAGCUUGAUAAUCGAAAUCGAAUUGAGUUGAAUUUCGAUUUUGAAUCGAAUACUGAACACCCCUACAAAUAGUUCUGUUUGAACUCAAAAGUCAACUUUUGGAAGCUAAAUGAUCUGACUUGCAAUUAGAUAAUUAACUAAGCCUCAAUGAAAAUUCAACCUUCUGAUAUGGAAUGAAAACGCAAGAAGAUUUCAAAUUUCCACAUUGAAAAAUGAAAUUUGGUACAUGGAAUUUUUGGGAUUGCUUUUCAUAUCACAGUUCAACCAUGGUGUGUAGGAAGGAUGUCACCUUCCUUAUCAUAAAGCUUGAUGUUUGAGAGUGACUAUAUCAAAUGGCAAAAGAAAAGAAAUCUCAUUCAAUGGAAGUUGCUUCUGUAUAAAAGUGGAGAUCA